AUGGCGAUAUACGAGUCGGUGCAAUAUCGCCGCAACGGGAAGGCCAUCCAUGGCAAUAGGCUGGACGGUGACUAUCGACGCAGAGUUUUUACGGUUCUGCCAUGCUUUGCAUUGUCGCGGAAUGCUAGCCUGGGUGCAUCCGGGCCGCUAGACAAGGAUGAACGGUCGGAAUGGGGACGCGCUUUUGGAUUGUUGGGCGCUGUGAUAUUUGUUGUGCUGCGAGGCAAAGAAGCCGACAAACGAGCAAUUGAGCAGUUGAGCAGUUGA